CCGGUGUGAUGUAAAUAGCUUUCGUAGCUAGCCUAGGUGUAGUCAGGCGUUUCAUUCGGUAGUAACAUUGCGCACAUUUCACACACAUCUGUAGAUUUGUUGGUCAUUAACGGUCAUUAAUACUCAGGAUGCAAAUGAACGAACAUAAAUACAUGUGGAACCACGCAGGAACUGCGCUUUUAAUUUCGAUUUGGUCGGAUGGUUCAAUUCAAAAACAACUUCGAGCUACUCUCAGAAACCAGCCUAUAUGGGAUGGCGUUGCACGAUAUAUGAUGAGAAAGGGAUUUCGCGUAAAUGGGAAGCAAUGUCGUACGAGAAUAAAAAAUAUUCUAGUUCGCUACAGGGAAGUAAAGAAAACUGGAAACUUUAAUGGAAGUGGCAUUGAACCGUUUUACAAUGACGUAGAUCGUGUGAUGACAGCUAGAAACAUGCAAACAUCUGCAGAUACUUCAUCUCGUAGUGUGCCUUCUACAGAUCCAUUGGGACCUAAAGAACAAAAAUACAAUUAUCAGAAGUCCAACGAAUAUACUGACCAGGAAAUGGUACAAGUGAAUAUCAAAUCGGAACAAAAUUCACCGCCGACUAUAUCAGAUGAUAGCACACAAGAAUUACAAGAUCUCUCUCAGGAUUCUGCAAACCAGCAAUUUUUCCAAGGUCUUGAUGUCACAUUGGACGAUGACCAAUCAUCCUCUUCCAUACAUAUGACGUCAUCCGCAAUCCGAAGUUCACCUUUGUCAUUCCUCCAAUCAGAUGAUGCAACUGCAGUUUGUGAUGGAAAAGUACAUCUCAUGCAAGAAAAUGGUCAUUCACCUGUACAGCGGGAUUCACUACAUUCUGACUCCCAAUCCAACAAUGAUGCAAGGAUAAUAGAUUGGUCUUCCCGUCAAAGUACAAUGCUACGAUUGGAACGGCUAGUCAUGCGUGCUAUUCACGCUCAAACUGAAGCUGUUACAAAGGUCUUAAGUGCACAAAGUGAGCUGUUCACACAGAUGGUGGAAGCUGAUAGGAAGCGACAAGCAAGAAUGGAAAUUAAAUUGGACCGUUUACUUGAACGACUAGAUCAGAGUCUGUCUUCUGUAUCAGCAUCAAUGGCUGUCAAUAAAUCGAUUGACAAGAACAGGGAACAAGAUGCACAACUUAAUCGGUUAUUAGACAGGCUUGACUGGGCUAUACCUCAUGUACUUCCUACAGCUGCUUCCAUUCAGUUUGAGAUAAGCAAAAGAAAUCAAGAGUCAAAGCUAGACAGUCUUCUAGACAAAUUAGAUAGAUUACUUCCAACUCUGAAUCCACAGGUAUUUAAAGGUCAACAGACAUCAGAAUAUCCAUUGGAAUAGACACAUAAUAUGCACAAGUAGUAGGUUGGUCCUUGAGUAGGUUUACUAUAGAUUUAGUCGAUUUGUGUUACAUUUAUUGUAAAUUAAGGCUGUUUUCUCAUAAGACAUUAAUAAAGAGGACAUGAAGGUAUGGACUGGAUUCAUAUGACUCACAACAGACUGA